CAGGACGUGGGGAACUGACCAGAGAGCAACGUGUUUUCAACUAUCGACUGUCACGGGCACGGCUGGUGGUUGAGGAUGCCUUUGGGAUCUGGUCUGGUCAGUGGCGUAUGUUUCGCCGUGACCUUGAAAUCUCCCCUGAGGUUGUGGAGAAAUGUGUGAAAGCCACUUGUGUUCUGCACAACUUCAUGAGGGUUGACAAUGAAACACCAGCACGGGGUGGCACAACAGAACCCCUUCAUAGUGUGCAGAGAAUGGGAGCAAACUGUGCGGCAAGAGAAGCUAUGGCGGCCAGAGGGGCAUUCAUGGACUACUUCUCCGAAGAGGGAGCAGUGGCAUGGCAGCCAACAGAGUAAACAUCACCCCCACGCACCUGCAACGGCUGUGUUACAUGCCGCAAAAUGACCUGCAGAGACAAAUCAUUCUUGCAAGUUUAUGUACAUAUGGCUCCCUUUCGUUUGCAUGACAUAUUUGUAUUUGUAUUUCAACGCCGUGUUUAGCACAAGUACACCAAGUUCACUAUCAACAGUCUUCAUCACAUUUGCAUUUGUUGCAUGUGUACAAUUAAGUAAAAAAUAACACCCCAAA